AUGGCGCCAAAAAAGAGCAAAAAAGACAAAAAAUCGGGCGAGAGCAGCAGCAGCAGCAGCCGCAAGAAGGACAAGAAACCAAAACCAGGACCGGAAGGUAUAGAGCCCAAGAACAAAGGGAACAAGGCCCCCUCGAGGAAGAAUAAAGCGUGGGGCAAGUCUAAGGCUAAGAACAAGGACGGCGACGACGACAACACACGGGGCGGCGGGCUCAAGCCGGUGCGCCUCAAGCUGGACGAGGAGGGGCGAGACGCGAUUCUCGACAUCCUGCACAAGCUGCACGUUGCAGGCGCGGAGGACAGUGCCGAGGACGAAACCGACGGUAGCGAUAAAGACAGCGAGGAAGACGACGAAGACGAAGAGGAAGCUGGUGGUAGCGGCGACAGCGAGGAGGGCAGUGAGGGUGGGUCAGACGCAGAUGUUGAGAUCGACGACAGGCAAGACCACGGUGACUUCGAAUACGAUGGAAGCUUCGGAGACAUGGCGAACCUCAUGUCCGGGUUGGUCGUAAACGACUCGGCACCCGCAGAAUCAGCAGUCUUUAUGGAGGCCAGCAAGUCGUCAGCAGGCAACAGCCUUCCGAUGCCAGGGGCUACUAAAGAGCGCCAGCAGCAGCAGGAGCAAGUGAAGAACCCACUCCUCGGGGGUAGCGGCGGGACCAGCAGCGGCAGCGGCAGCGCGAGCAAACGCGCCGCUCGGAGCAACGUCACGCGUGAGAAGCUCCUUGCUUCCAUGGUCCAGGAAGACCGCAAGACCUCCAAGCAGGCGCCACGGGAGGCCGGUGGGGUGUCAUCGGCAGCGAUCCACGCGGCGUCUACGGUAGGAGGCGGCCCGGUCAGUGGGGCGGUGGCCCGCGGGUAUCAACGCCCGGACCCGCCGGGGGCGGGGAAAGGGAACGACAAGGUUCGCCUGGAGGUGUGCGGCGAGAGCAAGAAGACCGGCGCGCCGGACUUGAACGGAAAGAAGAUUCUAGUUUUCGACCGCAAGGAGCCUCUUCUGGGCUUCCUCAACACCUGCCGAGGGAAGCUGCACAUCAAGAAGAAGGCCAAGGGCGCGGCGCUUGUUGAGGGCGAGGAGGUGGUGGACUGGCUGUCCGAUCUCUCCUGGGUUCCCAACGGCGCGGUCGUCUUGAUCUCUUGUACCAGUGGGGCUGGUGGGACAAAAGAGAAGGCUCCGGUGGCGACGGCUGCGGCGUCCUCAGCCUCUGCGGAAGGCGUCAAGGCCGCCAGCGGUAGCGGUAGCGGUAGCAGCAAACACGACGGCGGCGAGAUUUCGGCCGCGCCGCCUGAGGCGGGCGGAGAGGGGGAACGGCAGACCGAGGAAGACGACGAGGAGGCAGUGGCUCUGGCCGCACUCGGCCGGAUCAGGGAGACGUACAGGGCGCGGGCGAGGGAGCGGCAGUCGGGGGCUGCGGGGCACGCGAGGGGCGGCGACGUCUCCGACAAGGAAGCAGGGAAGCGCAUGAUGGACAAGAGGCGCGAGGUGGAAAGCACGGCGCAGUCGAGGCAGAUGAUGGCGCAGAGACGGAACCUUCCGGCCUAUCUGCAACGAGAGGAUAUCGUGAAAACCAUCCGCGACAACCAGGUGGUGGUCCUGAGCGGUGAGACCGGGUGCGGAAAGACGACGCAGGUGCCCCAGUUCGUGCUGGACGACCUCAUCGACCAGGGCGAGGGCGGCAAGUGCAACAUCAUCUGCACGCAGCCGCGGAGGAUCAGCGCCGUCGGAGUCGCCGACAGGGUGGCGUCGGAAAGGUGUGAGAGGGUGGGGGGCACGGUGGGGUACCAGAUCCGGCUGGACUCGCGGGUAGGACCGUCCACUCGGCUGACGUUCUGCACCACCGGCAUCCUCCUCCGCCGCUUGACGUCCGACGACACGCUGGCGGGUGUGUCUCACGUCAUGGUCGACGAGGUGCACGAGCGAGACCUACAGACAGACUUCCUCUUGGUGAUAUUGAGAGAUCUUCUGCCCAAGAGACCCGACCUCCGCGUGGUGCUCAUGAGUGCUACGCUUCAGGCUGAUCUUUUCACUAAGUACUUCCACGACUGUCCGGCAAUCACCGUCCCUGGCCGUACCUUCCCGGUCGAGGUCACUUACAUGGACGAGGUCAACCGGCUUGUCCGGGGUACGAGGACCCCGGCAAUCAUGCCCCGAGUUUCCUCCGGCGCGGGAGUAGUUGGCGGCCGGGGUCAUGGCCGUGGGGUCGGCGGCGCGCUGGCGGAUCCCAGGGGAAGGGGGCCGGGCGGGAGAGGGCAAGCGACGGCUGCAGCGGCGGCGAAAGGGAAGGGGAGUGAGGCAGACGAUGGCGAGACUCCGGCGGCGUACGAUCCGCUCACGGGAGAACCGUUGGAGUUGGGCGAGGACGACGGCGCGACGUCUGCCGCCGCCGCCGCUUCCGCGAUGGUGUCCCCGAAAUGCGAGGACAAGGUGGACUAUGAUGUCAUGGUGGACCUGGUGGACCACAUCAUGAGAACAGAGGGGGACGGGGGCAGCAGGGGAAGCGAAGGGGGUAGAGGGGGUAGUCAGAAUAUUUUCAGCAACAGAAAUUCGCGUGGCGGCGGCGGCGGCGGCGGCGGCGGAAGGGGGCGUGAUGAUCGGCAACGGGGGGGUGUCGGUGGGUCGGGCAGCAGCGGGGGCUGGUCUCGAGGUGGAGGAGGCCGGGGCAAACAAGGAGCCGGAGGAAACAGCGGCGAAACCGAGCCCCUGGGGGCUAUCUUGAUUUUCUUGCCGGGGUUCGCCGAGAUCGAUCAGCUGGUGAAGGCGCUGCAGAGACACCCAAGGAUCGGCCGGGGGGCGCGGGUGUUCCCCUUGCACUCGUCGCUGCCUUCGAACCAGCAGAAGUCGAUCUUCCAGCGCAUGCCUGCCGGCGUCCGGAAGAUCGUGGUUUCCACCAACAUCGCUGAGACGUCGGUGACGAUCGAUGACUGCACGCACGUGAUUGACGCGGGCCGGGUGCGAGAGAUGCGCUACGACCCCUUGACCCGCAUGUCGUGCCUGGUGGAGGUCUGGAUAUCCAAGGCCAGCGGUAGCCAGCGGGCGGGGCGAGCCGGGCGUGUGCGGGCCGGGAAGUGCUGGCGGCUCUACCCCGAGGCGUUCCACCAAAGCUACAUGCCGACGCACACGCUGGCGGAGAUGCUGCGGACCCCGCUCGAAGAACUGGUGCUGCAGGUGCUUCUGCUCGAGCUUGGCUCUCCGGCCGAGUUCUUGGACAGGGCGGUCGAACCGCCUCCGCCCAAGAUGUUGCGCGCGGCGUUGCGCAACCUCGACGACCUUCAGGCCAUUAUCAUCUCCAACAGUACGCCUAUCCUCACCCCGCUCGGGUACCACCUGGCCCACCUCCCCAUGGAUGCGUGCGUGGGCAAGCUUCUGCUCAUUGCGGCAAUCCUACAGUGCCUGGACCCAAUCCUUACCAUUGCGGCUGCGCUGAGCGACAAGGCACCGUUCCAGCGACCGUUCGGAGAGCAGGCUAGGGCGGACAAGGCGCGGCAGGGGUUCGCGCAAGGCAAGAGCGACCACCUCGCCAUCGUGGAAGCGUUCGGUGCCUGGAGAAACAAGCGCCGCACGAGCUCCUACGACGAAGUGCGCAGGUGGUGCCGCGAGAAGUUCCUCUCGCAGCCGACCUUGGAGAGCGGCCCCGGGCUGCAAGACCCGGACCUGAACUCGGGGAACACGGCGUUGGUUCAGAGCGUCCUCGUCGCCGGUCUGUACCCUCACGUGGCCGCGUUCGUCCGACCAGACCGGCACAGCAGGACACCACGGCAGAUCAAGAAGGGUCACUUCGUCACCCGCGACGACUCGGAGCCGGUUUUCAUGCACCCCAGCUCGGUCAACCACGAGCGAUUUGCAAGCGCCGCCGAAUCAGGACGCCAGGUCUGGGUAGUGUAUCACAGCAAGAUGAAGACCAAGCAGGUAUACCUUCACGACUCCACGUACGCAACGCCGUUCAGCUUGAUGCUUUGGGGCGCACGGGUUCGGCACGAGCGGCCGCUUGGACACAAGAAGAAGGAGGCUGUCGAGGUGGUCAUUGACCGAUGGCUGCGGUUCCGGAUGACGGAGAACACGGCGGUGGCAUUCAAGGCGAUGCGGCGGGAGCUGAGCAACCUUCUCGUGCGCAAGAUCGAGGCGCCUUUCAUGCCCACGGGGGAGUUGUCAAACAUGCUCGUGUCUUGCCUCGGGCGACUGCUGGACAUCGAAGCCAGAAACCCGUACAACUGAAAAAGGACGGCACGUCAGUGUGUUGGCGACAAGCACGCGGGGCUAGCACGGGUUUUGAUUGCCUUCGACACGCUUGCUUGUUGUGUGGUGGUCUGCAAAAGGAGUGUCGUUUGACCUCUUGACCGAGUAGGCAGCGUGGCGCGGUUGGUUAACU